CUUGUUGGAAAGAAACCCGAAGUGAUUUGAAAACGUUGGGGAACGGUUUAAAGAGGGGAAGCAGGAAAUGCAGCUUCAUUAGGGGUCUGGCUGGAAACUGGAACAAAAGGCAGUUCCUUGAGCAAAUGCAUCAGAAAUCAAUUUACAUAAAGGCCAUGGUGAACCCCGGCAGCAGCUCGCAGCCUCCCCCGGUCACCGCGGGCUCCCUCUCGUGGAAGAGAUGCGCAGGCUGCGGGGGGAAGAUCGCCGACCGCUUCUUGCUCUAUGCCAUGGACAGCUACUGGCACAGCCGGUGCCUGAAGUGUUCCUGCUGCCAGGCGCAGCUGGGCGACAUCGGCACGUCCUGCUACACCAAGAGCGGCAUGAUCCUGUGCAGAAACGACUACAUCAGGUUAUUUGGAAAUAGUGGUGCUUGCAGUGCUUGUGGACAGUCCAUUCUUUGCAGUGCUUGUGGACAGUCCCUUCCUGCUAGUGAGCUGGUCAUGAGGGCACAAGGCAACGUCUAUCAUCUUAAGUGUUUUACGUGCUCUACCUGCCGGAAUCGCCUGGUCCCAGGAGACCGGUUUCACUACAUCAAUGGCAGUUUAUUUUGUGAACAUGAUAGACCUACAGCUCUCAUCAAUGGCCAUUUGAAUUCACUUCAGAGCAAUCCACUACUGCCAGACCAGAAGGUCUGCUAAAAGGUCAGAGUAAUGCAGAAUGUGUGCCUUCAUCUCAAAUUUUGUUCAUCACAGAUGGAUCCCAUGUCUCCAGUAGACAAGUCACCUUUUGUAGCUAGCAUCAAUGCCAGCUCCAUGCCAUUGCACCUUCUUUAUUCUUGAUUGCCCUUUCCACAUUUAUUGGUGUAUUAAAAUGACUGAAUAUGAACAUUAAGGACUCCAUGAACCUGGGCUAAUAGGAGACCGUAGAGAAAAUGAAAAAAAAGAUCCACCAGAGGACAUCUUUUGGGGGGAGGGUGGGUGGGGAAAAUGACUAAUGAAGCUAAUUAAAAGAAGCAUUGAAAACUGCUUUCUACCCUCAUUAACAAUUAGCAGGGCACUGGCCGGAGUUUGUACCCUGUGUUUUACCUUAACAACAUUCUAUUUGCUCUUUGUAUAUUUAAGUGUUGUAAGGAAAUGUGUUUCAAUCAAACUGAACAUGAGAUAAAGGAAAGAUGUGGCUUUUGUGAUAUUCUAUCACAAACACUUUUAUUGUAUCUCUGUAAAAUACAAUGUAUGUAUGCAUGUAAGUGUUUUUGUCCUAAUGUUGCUACUUCCCACGGCAAAAAAAAAAAAAAGGCAAAAAAGGAGGAAAAAAAGUCAGGCUCAUAGCAGCUACUGUGUAGAAACUUUCACCUACUUCUAAUUUGCUGAAUGAAGAAAAAUCUUUUAUUUGUGAUAUUUUCAGAGACAUUUGCUCUAGUAUGGUGUAUUUAAAUAAUAAAAACUUAAAACGAAAACAUUGAA